GGCCGAUAGAACAGCCGGGGUCUUCAGUCUAUAAUUGAAUUUGGAAGUGUAAAGUGAUUAAAAUGGCUGAAAAGGUAAAAAGGCCGCCGUUUUUUACUCUAAAGCGUUGGCAGAGCGCUAAAGAGAAUGGGCUGAAGACUCCCAUGACGCCCACAAGUUCACAGCCUCAGGACAGCCCACCACAGUUCAGAUCAAAUACGCCAUCCGUAUCGAGGAAAGUCAAUUUUGACCUAAAGCCUAGAAAGUUAUCUGCUGGCGGUAUCUCUGAGUUGAUACAAUGCGCACUGUGCCUCGAAGUACUGCACAAUCCAAAGAUGUUACCGUGUCAACACACUUUCUGUACGGCCUGCCUGUCUGUCUACAUCGCUGAUUUAGUAAUAUUCGAGUGCCCAUUGUGCCGGACAAGAGUUCAAGUGCUUGGACCCAAUUUUGUGGAGAACCUACCGUCGAAUCUGUACAUUGAUUCAUUGCUACAACUGGUGGGCAUUAACACUAAUGGGGUAACAAAGAAUUUGGAAACCCCCCCGCCUACACCAUCAGUUACAAAUAACGCACAAAACAACGAGUUCUUCAAUCCAGGAACGAGAUGCGUUCAUUGUAAAAGCAUUUGCGAAAACUUUGAUAUCACACAAUGCGAUCACUGCAAACUGAAAUUCUGCCGCAUAUGUUGGACACAGCAUUUGGAAGAUAUGCGGAUCCAACUAAAAUCUAUUGUGAAACAACUGGACACGGCUGCCAGUCAUCUUGAGCAUAAAAUUGAACAUUAUAAGGACCGCUGUGAUCGAAUUGCCGAACAAAUAAAGAUAGCUGCAGAUGAGAAAAUAGCGGCAAUUUUCGAAGAGAAAGAUAAAAUGUUGAUGGAAGCGGCAAAUAUGCAGAAGUCAUCGGAGAUGUCCGCCUUAGCUCUGCAGGCUUCGUUGGCAGAGGCGAAGUCUGUAGCAAAUAGAGCUAUGGACUCCUGUGUUUCUGACAACGAGAAUGAUCGGGUAAAAACCUUUAUAAACCUCCAUCAGAAUGCAGUGACCUUACUAUCAGAGGUCUCGAAAUGGGAUACGGAACGCGUCGUCUUCGACAAAGAGAACUUCUCUCUGGAAAAGGACUCUGGUACUCCAAUAGACUCAGAGUCUGAAGACCCCGUAGUUGAUGGUCCGAAGCAAAAUAAUCCUUUGGAGAGUGAAGAAAGUCUCAUUAUGCAUUACAGAUCCAGAAACUUCAUCCCUCAUUUCCAAUGGCGUAAAUCAGCUCGUCCUUGUGGGAUUGGAGUAAGUCCAUGGAGCAAUCAUCUCUACGUGUGUGGCAUGGACAGCCAUAGUGUCCUGGUAAUGGAACGGUCACAAGCCAAGAUCAUCACCAGGUUGUCUUCAGAAGAAAUGUUAUGCCCUGUACAGAUAGCGUUCAUGAAGAGUCUGGGAGAGAUCUAUGUGACAGACAAAUGGAAGCACUGCGUCCACGUUUUCUCCAAAGAUGGUGAAUACCUUCGCAGUAUUGGGCAGAAAGGCAGCAGAUUGGGCAUGUUCAGGUCGCCAGAGGGCAUUGCUACAGACAAUGCGAACCAACAAAUCUAUGUUGUUGACACCGGCAAUGAUAGAGUGCAGAUUCUCCAACCUGAUGGUAAAUUCAUCGACCAAAUCGGCGUAGCGACUAAACAGCAAGUUCACUACUCAUCAUCAGUUUGGGAGAGCAAGGAACUAACGUGCACAGAACUAAACUCACCAACCAGCGUCGCAGUUACCAACGACCGCGUCAUAAUACUUGAUAGUGGAAAUGGAAGGAUCAAGAUCUAUAACAAACAGGAUAAGGGCAAAAUCAUAGAAUUUGGAUCCAUGGGACAAAGGAAAGGUCAAUUCAGACAUCCUGAAGUCCUAACUGUAGAUCCCAUGGGCUAUAUCCUGGUUGGGGACUCUGGCAACUGCAGGGUACAGGUUUUUAAACCCACGGGACAGGUCAUAAGGGUUUUCGGAGGUCUAGGCACCCAAGCCGGCAAGUUCGGCUGGAUCUCAGGCAUCCACGUCACCAAACAAUUAGACAUUAUCAUAAGCGACACUAAAAACCACACAGUGAACUUUUUUUAACAGAUGUAUUAAAAUUAUAACAAUUUAUUUCAAUAUCGAACAUCCUGUAUGUCAAAAUGUAAACAAAAUUAAAAUAUGAUCGAGAUAAUUAUUAUUAGACAUAGCACUGAGA